AUCACCAAAAAAAAUAUGGCGUCAUUUAUGAUGUCAGGUGGUCAUCUCACUUUGCCUAUAUAGACAUAUCUACCAAAAAGCACUUCACCCUCAACACACUUGAUAAUGCUCGAUAUGGAGAUUAAGUGUGACGCUUCUGCCGCUAUCGUCUCUGCUUCUCCAACGUCUUCUCCUCCUCUACCACAGCUUUCACCACGUUUGGUUCUUAGCCCAUGCGCCGCUUGCAAAAUCUUGAGGCGGCGUUGCGGAGAUAAAUGCGUUUUGGCGCCGUACUUCCCUCCAACGGAGCCAGCUAAGUUCACCAUCGCCCACCGUGUGUUUGGAGCCAGCAACAUCAUUAAGCUCUUACAGGAACUUCCCGAAUCACAGAGAACUGAUGCGGUAAACAGUAUGGUGUACGAAGCCGGAGCUAGAAUUAGAGACCCGAUCUAUGGAUGUGCCGGUGCCAUAUAUAAUCUACAAAGACAAGUGAGUGAACUCCAAGCACAGCUAGCAAAAGCUCAAGUGGAGAUAGUGAGUAUGCAGUUACAAAGAUCAAAUCUACUAGAAUUGAUUCACAACAUGGACCAACCAAACCAAGAGCAACAUAAUAUGUCCUUCGACAGCUCCUUUGGAAAUUGUGAUGAGUUCAUUAACAGCCCUGACGAAGAGAGCAAUGAUUUUGGAUUCCUUGAAGACAACAAGUACUCCAACACCAAGGCCUCAAUGCUGUGGUGUGAUCCUCUUUGGAUAUGAUAUUAACUAUUCACUUCACUUUAAAGCCCUUCAGUUAAGUUACUCAGGGUUAGUUAGCAAACUUAGUAUAAUACACAUGAUAUUAGAGAGACACUUAAUGUAAUAAAUGUAUGUUGAAUUUAUUGGAAAUUUUAAUAUGUCAAAUGGUUCUACUAUUGAAAAAUAUGAGCCAAAUGAGGCCCAUUUAUUAUUAGGUUUCUUCCAACAAUCUCCUACUUCUCUUCUGAUCAAAUAGUGAAGAAUAUGGGCCAUAUUAGGCCCAUUUAUUACCGGGACCGUCUUUGUUACAAAUUACAAUGCUCUUCUUCCGAUUAAACAGAAAAGACUUGACCGCGCUUUGGUGUCUCUCGGCAAAAGGCACGUUGACAGUUGACUUUGUACUGGCUCUCUCGUGUAACCGCCGCCGAUCAUCUUAUCCGUAG